CAAACCGAUGCUCUCUCUAUCUGUGAGGGGGGGACAGAUGCGAUCACCUCUCUCCUAUGCCCCCACCCCCACCCCCCACUUCAAAGGUGCUCUUGAGUGGGCUCCGUACUCUUGUUCUGCCCGUCUGCUGGUUCCACGCGUCCCGCACCGCGAUGCCUCGAGGGUUCUUGGUGAAAAGGAACCGCAGAGGAGCGGUGUUUUACCGCUCCCACUCCCAGAGCACCAGUGAGCGACCCGGAACCACCGAGGAGGGCGCCCUCAAUGAAGCAACACGCGCGGAAAAGCCCGGGUUGCGUGGAGUAGAAUCCGCGGAGUCCCGCAAAGACUCCGCCGGGGUCAGCGAGGCGUGGAGCCCGCACAUCGAGUCCACGCUGGAGGCGGAAGCAGAGCGACGCGCGCAGCUACCGGACACCGAGGAGGAGGUGAGCGUGGUGGACGUCUUGGGUUUGGACGGUGACUUGUCCUGCUUCUACGCUCCUCCGCCUCCAAACGGCGUGACUCUAAUCGAGUCCUGCAGCUCGGUGAAACCCGUGAGCGCGAGGCUAUUGGAACAUCAGAAGCACAUCUCCUUCACCGGGAGCUGCCUGACCUCCUCCCCGGUGCCGGAGGUACCGGACCUGGCGUUUUUGAGCAACCCCACACCAACUGCAAUUCCCGCGUCCAUUGAAAAACUCCUGGGGGACAGCAGCCGUCCCUUUACGCAGCCCCACGGCAUCACUGACAAGUAUGAGAUUUCUCACAUGCACGUGUUCCCGCCACUGACUCUGGUGACUCCGGAGCAGCAGCACGCGGCAAGAAAACGCUCAUUCCUGCAGGAGCCCCACAGCAAACACCACAGCAAGCAGGGCAACCCAUCCAAGAAGCCUAAAAUCAACCGGAAACUUAACUUCGAGGAUGAGGUCACCACCUCCCCGGUUCUGGGGCUGCGCAUCAAGAAGGAGAGUCCUGAGGUGAGGAGGCAGAGGGAAACCACGUCCACUCCCACGGCGCAGCCGCUGGGGGAGUUCAUCUGCCAGCUGUGCAAAGAGGAGUACCCCGACCCCUUCUCUCUUGCGCAGCACAAGUGCUCCCGCAUCGUGCGGGUGGAGUACCGCUGCCCAGAGUGCGACAAAGUUUUCAGCUGUCCCGCAAAUUUGGCCUCUCAUCGGCGGUGGCACAAGCCUCGCCCCGUGAUCAGCCAGGGAGUAGAGACCAACCGGGUCUCCCCGUUAAAGGAAACCCGCGCGCUCCUGCAGCAGGAGGAGGGUAAGGAGAACGAGCUACUGCGCACCAACCUGCACCACGGUGCCGCUGACAGCUCCCGCAGCAGGCGCGAGCAGCCUCUGCUCCUGUUUCACGGGCGCUCUCGGGAAAGCCCCGACCGGAACCCAUACCGGAACCCGUCUGAGAGGUGCGGGGAACUGCAACAACCGCAGAUGAGAGCCGCAGACAGCCCGCCGUCUAGCCUGCUUCUGCGGAACGGUGACCCACAUGAGCGCGCGGACGUGCUGCCCCCGCCGUCACUCACGCACCCCCAUCUCUCCAACCCCCCGUUCAUUCAGGCCCUAACAGAAGAGGAAGUGUACGAGUGCCGGUACUGCGGGAAGAAGUUCCGCCGGCAGGCUUACCUGAAGAAGCACCUGGUUACGCACGAGAUGUCGCGGCCCACAUCGUCAUACAACCAGAAGGUGAACGGCAGCCAGAGCCAGCAGGUGUUUCUCUGUCACCUGUGCGGCGCGCGCUUCCCGUCCGUGGAGAUCAGGGACAAGCAUCGGCUGUGGCACGCAAUGAGGGACGAGCUGCUGGUGGAGACGCUCCAGGGACGCAGAGCGGACGUUUUUCAUGCGCACGCAGACGAGAGAAGCCCCGGCGAGGGCGAGCACCAGCAGAUCUUCACGUGCAAGUACUGCCCGUCCACGUUCUUCAGCUCACCAGGACUCACGAGGCACAUCAACAAGACGCACCCCACGGAGAACCGGCAGGUGAUGCGGCUCCAGAUGACGGUGCGGCCGUGAAGCGCGCACGAGCCCAUCCAUUCAUGGAAACGUGUCCGUGACUGUUUUGCUUCACUUUAAAAACGAUAACUAGGUUUCUAAAAUGGAAAAGUUAAUUUGAUCCAUAAGUAAAGUUUACGUCAUGAAAACAAAAAACGCUUUUAUAGGCACAGCAAUUCAAAGGAACUGUCCAGAGUGCUGAAACGAAAUCCCUCCAAACAUUUGCAGUAAAUCUAUCUUCAAUCCUGAAAAGUUUGGGACAUUUUUUUAAAGCCCCCAGAUUAUAUAUGAGGAAGAAAAUACUGUGAAGUAACGCACUUAUUUACUGCUUAAUUUUAAUAUAAUUAAAUAGUGGAAAAAACUCCAAAACACACUCCUUAUACUUUGUGUCUGAUUUAGAAAAUAUAAAACAUAGCACAAUCAUAAGAACACAAAAGUUCAGGAAAAGUAGCUCAAUACCUGAACAAAUUCAAGGAGAAAAAAAUGUUGAAGUGCUUUAAUAUAAAGAUAAUCCACAUUGAAGCUCAGAAACAGAACUUAACUGUUUGUUAAAUGACUCAAUCAGUUGACCUCUCAAUGUUUUAUUUUCCAACAUAAUUAUUUUAAUGUUCAUACUACUAGUCAAAAAGUAUCGUCUUUAUUGUUAUUUUGGUCUGAAUAUUUGCUAACUGCCUUUAGCUUUAGACUAUACCUGGUUCUAUGAAGCCUAUACAGUAAUAUUUUAAUAUGUUAGAAAAUGGAUGUGGAACUUAUGAGUGUUAUCAAUAAACGUCUGAAAUGAUCAA